GCGAUCCGUCCUAUGGAAGAACUAGGUGAGAACCAGACCAAUCUAAAUGAGUUCAUCCUGGUAGGGUUUUCAUACCUAGCUGAGCUGCAAAUCUUGCUGUUUAUGGUUUUUCUGGUGACUUACAUGAUCACCUUAGUGGGCAACAUGCUCAUUAUUCUGCUUGUAAAACUCAACCCUUCCCUUCAGACUCCCAUGUACUUCCUCCUGGCGAACCUGUCAUUCUCAGAAAUUUGUUACACCACUAGUGUGGUGCCCCAGAUGCUGAUACAUUUGUUAACAGAGCGUAAAAACAUUUCCAAAGCUGGAUGCGCAGCCCAAAUGUAUGUCUUCACCAUCCUGGGACUGACAGAAUGCUGCCUCCUGGCAGCCAUGGAAUAUGACUGCUAUGUUGCCAUAUGCCACCCUUUGCACUACACAGUCAUCAUGAACUGCCAGGUAUGCACACAGCUGGCAGCUGCAUCAUGGAUUACUGGCAUCUCCGUGGAAGUUGCUCAAACAACAUGGAUCUUUAGCUUACCUUUCUGUGGUUCUAAACGCAUCCAGCACUUCUUCUGUGAUAUCCCACCACUGGUGAAAAUGGCAUGCACAGACACCUCUAAAAAUGAGAUUGUUGUCUUGGCAGUGUCCAUCCUUUUUAUCAUGACUCCAUUCUUGAUGAUCAUCCUCUCAUACAUUUGUAUAAUAUCAACCAUCCUUAAACUUCCCUCAGCAGAGGGUAGGAGGAAAGCCUUCUCCACAUGCUCCUCGCACCUCACAGUGGUGACAUUAUUCUAUGGUAUAGCCCUUUUCACCUACCUAAGGCCCAAGUCCAGCAACAGUCCAGGGAGUGACAAAAUGAUUUCUCUUAUGUGCACUGUUGUGACUCCGGUUUUAAACCCCAUAAUAUAUACCUUAAGAAAUAAAGAAGUGAAGGGAGCAUUUAAGAAGACAGUUGUAAGAAUCUUCUCCGCAGAGGAUCCAGCUAGUUGA